AAUCCGAACCAGAGAGAAUCACAAGAACCUCUCUAAGCUUCCCAACUUCUUAAAACUUCCCAAACCUCUCAAAAUCCUCUCUAACAUCCUAUCAUGCAACACUAACACCAAACUCACUCUCCAACAACACCCAAACUUCCAUCUCUCUCUAACUCUCCCAUCAAGCGACCAAAAAUGCCCCAACCAACCCCCCUAUCCCCCUCGCUUCCCACGCACCCUCCAAUCGCAAUCUCCCUCCCCGCCCACGCAAGAGCCAUGUCCCCAUCCGAAAUCUCCACCCACACGACCUUCAUGCGCGAAGCUCUCUCCAUGGCCACCCACGCCCUCCACACCUCCGAGACCCCCGUAGGCUGCAUCUUCGUGCACAUCCCUACCUCUACUAUCAUCGCCCGCGGCUGGAACCAGACGAACGCCUCGUUUAACGGGACGAGGCAUGCGGAGUUUGUUGCUUUGAAUGAAAUCCUCGGCACCCCAGGAGGGAGAUGUGGGAUAGAGGUGUUGAAAGAGUGUGAGCUUUAUGUCACGGUUGAGCCGUGUAUUAUGUGUGCGAGUUUGCUGAGGCAGGUUGGGGUGCGGAGGGUGUGGUUUGGGGCUGGGAAUGAGAAAUUCGGGGGCACAGGCGGAGUGCUCAACAUCCAGAGCGGGAACGGGAGGGCAAAGGAAGAAGGUGAUUUUGAGGUGUCGGGCGGGUGGGGGAGGGAGGAGGCUAUUGUGCUGUUGAGGCGGUUUUAUGUUCAGGAGAAUGGGAGGGCGCCGGAGGAGAAGAGGGGGAAGGAGGGGAGGGUUUUGAGGUUGGAUGUUGAGCCUUUGGGUGAUGGGAAACGGGAGGAGAAGGAGGGUGGUUGA